GACCGCGUUUUAUGUUAGCGAUGUGUCGAAGGCAUGGUUGAAAGUGUAGUCUUUGAAAAAGUUCGCGGUUAUCUGAGAUGAAUAGUUUUAGCACCAACCCGCCGUCCUGUAAACACGUUCUACCCACCCAGAAAGGGAUGACUGUGGACGAGUUAUUAUGAUCGUCAGUUUACCGCGGCGACUCGAGCAGUUCAGAAACUGCAGUUGUGUGCCGUCGCUGUUUCGAUCCGCUAUUUACAGUAUGGGCGACUUACGCUCAAACAACCCGUUUGCGAGAUAUCCAGACGUCGAAAGCGUGCUGCUAGAAGAGUUCAAGUCGGCGGGAGUCGCUGACGCAGAUGAACGGCUGUCACAUCUCAAAUCCUGGCUGAGCCUGCCACCGCAGUACACGACGGUGCGAGUGAACACGCGCCUCAUCACUGCAGAGGUCGCCAAGAAUACUCUACAGCGUCACCUUGAUGAGAGCUACAGUGCACUGGCACCACAAGUCCUUUGCCACCCUUUCGUCCCGGACUUGUUGGUGCUGGCGGGUCGUCAGAGCUCAUCUGGUGUGAAGCCGUCCCUGCGAGAGGUGGUGGUCCGCCGAGAUUGCGCUGAAGCGGUUCUGAGGGGAGCGCAUGUCUACAUCCCUGGUGUCAUGGCCGCUCCUAAAGGACUGCUGGCUGGCCAAGAGGUGGCCGUCUACGGUGACCUUGAUGGCCAGUGCCUGAGGGGACGCACCCGGCCAUAUCGGGGACGUCGAGUCUUCAUUGGCAAUGGAACUGCUCUGGUCUCCAGGGCGGACAUCUUUGUCAACCAGGUGUCCGAGGGCUGUGCCGUGCGAAUGACAAAGCCAUUGUCGGGUUGCCCUCCUCUUGGAGGAUGGGAGCCGUCGCAGCUGUUCUUACAGAACUUGCCUUCGGUGCUUUGUGGCCACAUCUUGGGGCCGGAACCUGGCGACACUGUCCUCGACAUGUGCGCUGCUCCCGGAGGCAAAACAACACAUAUUGCAACGCUUAUGAACGACACGGGUCUAGUGGUUGCCCUAGACAAGUCAGCAAACCGUGUGUCCAAGAUUCGAAGCAACUGUGAACGCUGGCAGAUUUCUUGCGUUCGCACCUUCGCACACGACGCCAAUGAGUUUGACUCGCUUCCACGUGAAGGUACAGAGAUUCCCGACCAGUUUGACCGCAUCCUCCUAGACGCCCCUUGCAGCGCCCUUGGAGGAAGGCCUCGUCUGAGCUACGAGCAGUCGGCAAAGGCACUUCAGUCUUACCCUCCUCAGCAGAGGGCGCUUUUGGAAAUGGCUGUGAGGCUUCUCAAGCCCGGCGGCCUGUUGUUGUACAGCACAUGCAGCCUGUCAACUGCUGAGAAUGAAGCCAUUGUUGCUUGGGCUCUUCAACGGUUCCCUCAAAUCCAUCUAGUUCAACAGAAACCACACAUUGGUGGCACUGGUCGAGCAGGAGCUGGUUUGGACGAAGACCAGCGGCGCCUCGUACAGAGGUUUGAAGGAGUGCAUUUGGUUAAAGAAGGCUGCGACUACGACGUCGACACUAUAGGAUUUUUUAUUGCGCUAUUUCAGAAAGAGGGACUAUAACGCGGCAUACAGUUGAA